UUCUGUAUUCCUUAGUUUAAACAAUAUUUAUUCGUAAAUAAUUCGAUAAUUUUAACAAACAAUGUCUUAUACAUGUACGAAACGUCUUUCGGUGCGAAACGCCCCGUUACCGUUAAACGACUGGAUUGAAAGAGCGCGGGACUCCAAUUUUAAAUUCUGAAAGCAAGGCAGUGUCAACGAAGUUUAAAGUCAAAAUGAUGAACACAGCGGUGAUGGAGUGUUCAGUGACAGCAUUGAAGGGCGGAGCACAGCUAACGGGGGCACACCCACCUCAUUACAGGGCACACCCACCUCAUUACGGGGCACACCCACCUCAUUACGGGGACUACUGCAACAACGAAGAGUUCAGUGAUGUCAGGAUCACCGUGGGAGAGACAACCUAUUUUGGUCAUCGCAUUGUGCUGGCCACUGCCAGUGAAGUCUUUCAGACCAUGUUGUCAUCUGUUUGGUGCUCUACCUCUGAACUUUCCUUGGAGGAAACCUGUGACUGUGAGUAUGCCUUCCACGAGUUUCUCCAGUUUCUCUACACGUGGAAAGUGGAGCUGAGCGAGGAAAAUGUCAUCCCACUGGCGCUGCUGGCCGAUAAGUAUCUGGUGAAAGAUCUUGCAGCCCUUUGCAUUAGCUUUUUAGUGGAGGAAGUUUGCAACGAAAAUGCCAUCCCGUGGUUUCGAUUUGCUUUGAAAUACAAUGUGGAAAAAUUGUACAAUAAAUGCAUUACAUAUGUAAGUCACAAUUUUGAGCAUUUCCACCAGAGUGGAAAGUUGAUGGAAUUGGAGGUCAGUGAGCUGAGUCUGAUAUUGGAUUCUGGAGCAAUAGUUUGUAAGUCAGAGAUGGAUAUCAUCCAAGCAAUACUGAAAUGGAUGAAAGGUUAUGAUAGACCAGUGCAAGAAAAUCUGCGUGAUGACAUUGUGAAGUUGUUUACAAGUGUCCGCGCUCCAAUGCUUGCUCCAGCUGACAUUGACAAGAUCGAGAAAAUGAAAGAGAUUCAAGAUUUUGUUAUGCUGCUUCUUCCAAAGUUCUAUAUGAGCUACAAGUAUCAUUCAUUUGGGCUCAGCUUUCCUAUUUCCUCAAAUGACAAAAAGUUCAAGAAUUACGUGCCCAGAAUUUACACAGAACGUUGUGGAACCACUUUCAACACCACAACCUUUUGGGAACAUAAUUUUCAAACGCCAUCACACAUGUCUUCAAAAUAUGGAGUCACACUGAAAUGGAAGUACCAAAAUGGAAAACCUAAUGAAUUGUAUCUGCUGCCGUCCCCUGGGAUCAUGCACUGUAUGGUAAAUCCUUACCAACUUCGAGUGGUCCGCUUGACUAAAAGGGAGCGUAAGGGCUUUGCAGAAGUGAAAAUUAUAAACGAUACUGUGAAUCAGGUGUCAAACUUUGGACCUUGCAUUAACAUGGGGAGUUCGACUGGCUACGAAAAUGACAUCAAAACUCAUGGGUUGACUGUUGCAAUUCUGCCAGCUAGUUUACCUGUGUAAUUUUAUGGUGUGUGUAGUUCAAUUGUGUUCAAUUCAACUUGGAUCAAAUUUGGAACAUCAUGUGCUCAAUUGGUAAAGAAUAUAAUAUAUAUAUAGAUGUGUGACUGUGUGUGUGCAUAAAGUUUUGCUUCAAGAAUUAUCUACACUUAUGUGUACGACAACAAUGUAGGGGUGGGAUGAUACACAGACCUUGUGAUACAAUAAUUACAUAUCUUGAUACAUAAAUACAAUGUGAUACACAUAUCUUAAUAUAACAAUUCACAAUAUUGUAUCCGGUCACGGUACCUCAGUGGUGGAGCAUUUGCUUCGCAACUGGGAGGUCACGAGUUUGAGCCCCGCUCAUGCCAUGGCCGCAUCAAACCUAAGACGUUAACGUAAGGCUUAAAAUAAAAAUUGAUUUGUUUGAUGUACUCCGACCGACCCGUGAAAUUUGUCCCGACCCAAUCGUUUUUUCUACACUUCGAAAUUUUAAUUAAUUUUUUUUUGCUUCCUGGAAAGUAGACAUUCUUCGAAUUAGUUUUAAAGUUGGUGUCUUUUGUGGGGGGGGGGGGGGGGGGGGGACUAGUUUUACAGAAUUUUUGUUACACGUUAUCAAAAUGUUCUUUGGGCGUCUUUCGGUUCUACUUUCUCUUUGAUAAUGACCAUUUGUUAAUCCGGGAACUUUUCAAACACUUUUCUAUAUGAACGAUCAAAUAUACCGCAUCCCUGCUCCAAAUUACCACAUUAUCUACCAACAAGAUAGAGCAAGAAGCUACGAACUCCCCCAUCGAGGCCUGAUCGUAUUUGUGUACAAAAGUUUGAAAGGCAUGUUACUUAAAUAAAAAAUCACGUGAGAUGGUGCACCAAAAUUAUGGCGGACCCAGAGUCUGCGUUCAAGUUGAUGGUCUAUAUAUAUUUCUGAAAAAGCAUGCAUAAAAUUUUGAUAUGGGAUUAUUUAAAUGUUAUGACGAUUUAAUAGGUGAAAGGCACUUUUACUUUGCUCUCAAACUGAGACACAUGAAUGGAACAUGAUCGUCACAAGAAAUUGAACGAUGCGGGAAGUCGGCAUUAAAAUUAUAUUGGGCAAUGUUAAAACUGAUUGUAAAUUGCCGUCAUCAUGUAAUUCACUUGGAUAUUCAUGGAUCACAUUAGAGUGUUUAAGUGAUUAUUAUUAUGAAUGUCAAACCACAAAUAGAAGAAUCAAUCGGUGGUAAUAAAAACUGUAGAGGUCCUAAUCCGUGACGAAUACAAAAACGUCCUGAGAAAAUUUCAGAAGACAUUGGAAGAUUUACGUGUAUUAUAUACAAUGUGUACAAAAUGAAUGUUCUAAACUCUAUUUUGUCUGGCAAGCGUUAUGUGUUUAAUGAAAACAUCAGUAAAUUUGUAAAUCUGAUUUUCAUGACAUUCAAAAAAACAAAACAAAAAUACCGACCUACCUACCCGACUUGAAAAAUGUGGGUCGGAGUACAUGAGAUCAAACAAAACAAAAAUUAAUGAUGGCCUAAGUAGUGAUUGCUCCUUCACCAAACGCUUGGCAUUUAGAAGUGAGAAUCGCUGGUCUUUUGGAUAUUACCUUAAAAAGAGAGGUCCCAUGUCGCUGCAAUCGUUGGCAUGAUAAAGAACCCUCACUGCUAUGGCACAGAAUACUUAUCAUAGGUCUAAAUUUGUGGUACUUACAGCUGUUCUCAAUAUGAGUGAAAAAAAAUUCGGCGAGACGUAAAAAAAAAAAAAUAAAUAAAUAAAUAAAA